GCCUCCACAUCCGAGCUGCUGAAAUGUUUGGGCAUGUUCCUGCACGAUCGGUGCCGAAAGUUACGGGAUUUCCAGGCUGGAGAUGCCGUCAUGUGGCUGCGGGCAGUCGACAGGAGUUUACUUAUUCAGGGAUGGCAGGACGUUGCCUUCAUCAAUCCGGCGAAUGUGGUGUUCGUGUACAUGCUGGUCCGGGAGCUGGUGGAUGGCGAGGAAACGAAAGAAGCUGAGCUGCAAGCUGCCGUCCUCACCUGCCUGUACCUGUCCUACUCGUACAUGGGCAACGAGAUUAGCUACCCUUUGAAGCCGUUCCUGGUGGAGGAUUCCAAGGAAAAGUUCUGGGACCGCUGCCUGCUGAUCGUGAACCGGCUGUCCUCCAACAUGCUUCGGAUCAAUGCCGAGCCCGGUUUCUUCACCGAAAUCUUUACCGAACUCAAAGCCUGCGGCAUGAACUCGUCCAGCGCGACCAGCAACGGAAACCUGCCGUGUGGUGCAGCUUGACGCAGCAACAUCAACGGUGGCAACAGCAAUUCCGUGACCCUUCAACAGCAGCAGCAGCAACAGCAACAGCUGCUACAGAACAGCUUGAACAACAAUAACAU